UACUCCCAGGCGCACGUAGUUGGUCGCCAGGCAUGGCGAGUGGUGCUGCUACCGCGGUGUUGGAAGGUCCCGCCAUGGCCAGCACUGUGCUCCGAGGUCUCAAUGAGCUGCGGAUUCACAGCCAUCUGUGCGACCUGACCGUUCAAGCCGAGGAAACUUGCUUUCCCGCUCACAGAGCUGUGCUGGCAGCUGCCAGCACCUACUUCUACAGCAUUCUGCUUCCAGUCAAUGUCCUAACAACGACAGAAGCUGGUGGGGUGGCUGACGAAGAAGUCGACAGCAAAAGCGCGUCGCCCGCAUCGUGCAACGUGAAGUUGCACGAUGCUGCCGCCACUGACUUGGCCGCCUUCCUUGAGUUUGUAUACACGGGUCGUGUCGAAGUGUGCUUUGAGCAGGUCGGCAGGCUGCUGAGCCUGUCGGGGCUGAUGCAGUGCGCAGAGCUAGCGGAAGCAUGCCUGCGAGCCGGUGUCGGACCACUCGGCAAUGCGCAACAUCAUUCCCCGGAGGACAGCAGCAACAGACACCCAGAAUUGGCAGAGGCCGGUGCAUCAUCGCUGGAAAUCCUGUCAUUCCAGGUUGGGUCAUCGGUGACGGAAGGAAGUUCCAGUGACCAAAUUGGUUUGCACCUGAAAAAGGACACUGGGAAAGCUGUGAGUGAGCCGAAUAUCCGCAGCAAUCGACUGAUGGCCAGGGCCAUGAAGGCAGCUGAAGCAGCACUGGCAAAGAAAACUCGGGUCAAGCAGGGUGGCAGCAAGAUGGCCACAGAACUUCCAGUCCAUCUCACUCAGGGAGCACUCCAGCAGCAGGAAGCUGCUCCCUCAGUCGCAGUCGAGUUAAAAGGAGCAAUGAAGAGCGUCACUAAACACGAGUCUACGGCUGACGCCGGAGCAGCAGAAGAGUGUACUAGCAUUGGAGAAGAACCUUGUGAGGUGGAGGAGGAUGCCAGUGAUUUUGAAAUCUCAAUUGACGGAAAGAAAAUCAAACGGGGGAAGAAAACAGAACAGGAAGGUAGCGACGCAGGCCAGUGCGCAGGAAAGGUGAUCGAGUGCACCAACUGUGACAAAGAGUUUCAGUACGAGAAGAGUUACAUGAAGCAUGCCUUGCAGGCCCAUGGAAUGGAGCCAGACAUUGUGUACUGCUGCAGGGAGUGCGGGCAGACGUUUACUAACCGUUGCAACCUGCGCGCACACCUCCGGCAUGUGCACAACGAGGACCGUCAGUUUGUGUGCGGCAUCUGUGGGAAGCGCUUUAAGCGUAAAAAGGAUGUGCGCAGACACACGAUUCAGGUGCACGAGGGUGGUGCGGAGCGUCACACCUGUCCCGAGUGUGGCAAGGGCCUGAGCUCCCGCACUGCCCUGCGCUUGCACGAGCGCACGCACACGGGAGACAGGCCCUACCACUGCACCGAGUGCGCUGCUCGCUUUUCGCAGGUCUCCUCCCUCAAGGUUCACCAGAGGACACACACAGGGGAGAAGCCGUUUGUGUGUGAGGAUUGUGGUGCACGCUUUACUCAGAAUCAUAUGCUGAUUUACCACAAGCGCAUUCAUACGGGCGAGCGCCCAUUCAUGUGCGAGACUUGCGGCAAGAGCUUCGCCUCCAAGGAGUACCUGAAGCACCACAACCGCAUCCACUCGGGCUCCAAGCCCUUCCUGUGCAACGUGUGUGGCCGCGCCUUUGCGCAACGAAAUUCUCUGUACCAGCAUGCCAAGAUCCACACGGGAGAGCGGCCGUACUGCUGCGACAUGUGCGGGAAGCAAUUCACACAGCUCAAUGCGCUGAACCGCCACCACCGCAUUCACACGGGCGAGAAGCCCUACAUGUGCAACUUCUGCGGACGCACGUUUACGGACAAGUCGACGCUGCGGCGCCACACUCUGGUACACGACAAGAAUGCCCCUUGGCAGACCUUCCUGAUGGUGGUGGACAGCAAGGACAAAAUAUCGGGCCGUGUGCUGCGUAGCAACAGCACAGAAGGCGACUUAGAAAUCCUCACGCCACUCGCAGGCGAGGACGCGGGCACGCAGUCCGGCGAGCACACUUCGCCAGCACAGCUGGGCGUCCCCAAGUCCGAAGAGUCGGUCUACAUCGAGACUAUUGCGACCGCGAUGCCCGGUGACGAUGGCCAGCGCGAUGACUGCAGCACAUGGCAGAUUGUGACGGUGGUGGGCACCGACGGGGAGAGCCUGCCGAUCGAGCCGAUGCAAACAAACGUCGUGACUGAAACGGAGCCGCCCACAGAGGCCAGAAUUCUGGAAAUUACAGCGGCCGGACAGGUGACGGCCGUUCCGGAUGCAGGCUCUGCUGCCAUUCCCAUCAUCCAAGUGAUGGACAUGGCGGUGCUGCAGGGCAGUGGCACUGAGGUGAUAAGCCAGUCUUUGCCGAUGUAAGGCUGGCCACAUGCUCAUCAUACAAAGCAGCAAUCUUGUUGAGGUUGAAAGUGAUGGCUGCAGUGUACAGUGUUAGCUGAGAAGUACGAUAAUUCUGGACGUAUACUGUAGUGCAGUUCACUAUUCGGAAUAUUUAAGCAAUUUAAGUUGGUAUGCAUUUAAAAUUUUAUAUAAUGUCCAGCAGUCAAUGGGUGCACUCAACAAAUGUUAUCACGUAAGGCAUUUUAAUGUCUUAAUUUCUCGUGAACCUCAUACAUGCUGUACUGGAAUGAUAUUUGAGAAUACAUACGUAGCAGUAUUGAAGCAACAAAAUGGAUUAUAAUUACCGAUGGUCUAUGAACUGCUGGAUGAAGACAUCCGCAAGUCAUCAUACCUCAGGCGUUGCAACAAUCCAUUUAGCUCCCGCGCAUGAGCUGAUCUUAUCUCCAUCUCCGCGUUGAACGUCCUUUUGGGUGUGUUAUUCCAGCUGCCGCCUCGUUCUCAGUCUCUGAUCCACGUGUUUGCUUACUGUCUCUUGGUGUAUUCCAAGCAUGCACCUCUCCAUGAUUCUUUACAAACGAGCAAGGCAUGACACAGGUGUGCGCAUGGGAUAAGUACGUGCAGAUUUAAUAUAUCUGGCAAUAAUAUAUACACGUGUAAUACGCAUUCCACAAUAAAGAUAUCAAACCUUUCGGGAGAGGUUAAAAACCAUGUUCUUAUAGUGCCUUUAAGGCAAAUUAUAAAUAUAAGCAGGAAGAUCAUGGUGAUGUUAAAGAAGAAACAUGGUGUAUAUUGCAAUAACCACAGGAAACUAUUAUUUUUCAAAAACAUCUUAUGCUGUUCCCUCACUGCUGAUGACUCAGAACAGAUAGGGAAUAAUUAUCGUAACUACUCCUGAUGUCAAACAACAAAUACCAACCAUAUUCCUCGUGCUGUUGAAAAAAACUCGUCACUCGUAAACAUUAACUUGUUCAUUCCGUUGCACUUGUUUGCAAACGGGAUGUGACUUGAAGAAAUGUGAGCCGACCCAGAUUUGGCCUUCCAUGUUUCACAUUCAUUCUCACACGGCUGCCUUUUAAACAUCACUCUGCAGCUAAAGAACUCAUUUGGGCGUUCAUAUAACGGUGCCCGUGUAUACGUUCAAGGAACAUGGCUUUAUUAACGAGGUAUGUAACAAUGCAUCGAUUUAAAUUUAAUCUUUUCUUGACACACCGAAUCAUACGCUGAAAAAUCAUGUAUUUACAUUUGCGAUCAUGCACUGAAAAAUCAAGCCCAAACAAGAUAAUACAAGUGGUACAGUAGCAAUAAAUAAGUCAAUAGAAUUUGGAUGAAGGCCAUCUCAUGAUCUGACCAAAUUUAUGUCGUUAAGGCCCUCCACCACCACCACGCACAGUGAAACUAAACAGUUAAGUGUAAUAAACUUUUAACACUUAGUAUAAUUUUUUCGUCUCAUGUAAGUUUAAAAUCAAUUUUCGCAAGCAAAUUUUAAACCCAAGUGUUUGGUAAAAAUUAGACCAUUAAAUCUCACCACCAUGUUUCUGUGAUUUUUUUUAAUACCAGGAUGGAGGUAAUCGAUUACAUACCCAAUCAAUGCUGCCCCAUUAAUCUAAAAACUUUCAGAACUAAUUUUCUUUCAGUUCUAUGGCUCAUUAUGUAUAAGUGGAAUCAUCUGUCUAUUACAAAAAUAGUACUUGUUUAGAUUUUGAAAUUUGUAAAAAAAAAAACUGCCCUGUUGAAAAUAUCAAGUCUUAAAAGAAAAUAAUGUGUUAAUGUAUUGUCUGUAGUUAGCUAUAUUCAUCAUAGUGACCAAGAUAACGUGGCGAAGGUACGCAUGUUGUUUUGAAUUUCAUUUGACUACUUAUUGUGAACAGACUCCUUAUCCAUCUGGCCUACCACAUCUGAAGUUGUCACCGUAAAAAAAAUCCAAUGAUUUUUUACAUUUCAAAGGGAUAUAUUAAAUACAAAGGUUAUCCCUACAACUCGUGCCCACUUCCGGACCCAACACUUUACAGGCAAUGUUAGAUGAAUAACGUCAUCAGGUCCCAACUCUCUUGACCCAGGCAUAAACAUGAUCGCUGAGUGAAUAUGACUACUUGACAUAUGACCGUGUGCAGCAUACUCAUUGUACCCAUUAAUUUAUUUACUUUGUCAGCUAUGUAUCAAGCUAGUUCAUAAAUAGACCAUCCUAAAAGCUAUUGGACACUUUGUUAACUGUACAGUACAUCGAUGUAUAGUUUAUUUUGGGUUACGUCAUCAUUUUAACAACCCUACACCGCCCCCCAGAGCCAAUGAAAUGAAGUUGUCACGUGGGUAAAUAUGCCAAUUGAUUUUGUUUCACAGAAAACCAGAAUGUUGAAAAGCAGAAAGCCACCUUUUGUUCAUGCCUGAUCCUGGGUGUAAUUUUCUUCAACAUCAUGUUCAAUUCUUUUUAAAAAAUAAGCUUGCUUUUCAACACCCUGUUUUGCUGAAAUACCAAACCAAUUGAUGUAUUUGUCUAAGGGACAACUUGAUUUAUUGGCUCUGUCGGGUCGUGGCGGGUUAUUUAAAAAAAAAAAGCUAUAUAAUGCAUUAUACCUACACGAUCAAACCGAAAUGAAUAACAAUAACAAUGGUGGUAAAGGUAUGUAUAACAUGAACUGUGCACUGUUGAUUAAAGUAAAAAUCAUAGCAGGUUAUGUUGGCUAGAGAAAACACUAAACAACGUACUGACCUGCACAUGUCUAUUGUGUUUCUUUGGACAAAAGCUUCGUUGAAGUGCUGCGAUGUUUACAAAUGAGUUUUAAUGAGGUCAUCGUUGUGGGCAUAUGAUGUGAGAAUCUUGUGUUAUGCAUUCUGUUUUGUGACUUUAUUCAGUUUAAUCUAUGGAGGAAAUGUCGUAAUGAAAACGUAUCGAUGUGAGCAUCAUUCAUUCAGAACAUCUACUUUGGAGGUGGCCGGGUAGUUUGAGCCAAAUACCACAUCAAAACAAUGAACAUUCAUAACAGAGAUCAUGGGUUUGAAUCCAACCGUCUGUUUUUAAACCAGGUCCAUUGGUGUAGUGACUUAAUGGUCUAAUUAUGGUCAUGAAUGAUGAUACAUACCUACGAGUUGGACUUUGCUUGAAUUAUUUGUUUCCAGUUGUUGAGAAUUAAACAUAUCAGGUGCCUGAUAUUUAACCCUAUUUAUAAUAGGUUUGUCCCGUGGAUAAAGCCUAUGGACAGAACUUGAAAAGUGCAAGGGUGGUUCAGUUUCACUUUAAACUAUCAUGAAACAGUAAACGAAUAUUGGCGCACUGCUCUUAUGUGCAGUUGUGCAUGGGCAUUAUCAAAUUUGAUCAUAGUAAAUGGCUGCAGUCUGGUAGUAAAACCUGCAAACGGCAUUGAGUAUCUGGAUCAUACCUCAUUCACUAUGCAUUUACUGAAUCCACAGCGGUUACAGAAUUCUCACUGAAAUAAACCACCCUUGCAGUUUCAUGUACAGGGACUCCUGUACUUACAAACGAGUUAGUUUCCAGAGGUGUUUUUGUAAGUGUUCUUAAGACCAACUUUACUUUUGUCGAUUCCAAACGUGUUGUACGGCAUGCACGCUAAACAUGGUGAAUGGCUUUAAAAGUUGUAUAAUCUCCUGUAGAUGCCACUGGUUCUUCAUGUCUGCAGAUGUAAUGCCACCACGCUCUCUAUUGCACGGCGAUUGAACUUACGACUCUCGAUCCGUCGAGGCAACUGGACAUAUUUGUUCGUGUCUCUGAAUGUUUGUAAGGAGAGGAGUCCCUGUAAUUUUCUCCAGCUGUUUUCUUACAAGCGCUGCCCGCAGUUGCAAAUGGAUAUUCUGAUUUGACAUGACACUGCGAGCACAUUUGGAGGAAAGAAAGGUAUAUUGUGUGAAUUGACUGCACUAUAAAUCCCAGUAAGGGAAUUGUUUGGGAAUCGACACAGCAAUGUGGGUCUUGCAGCUGACGCAACACCGUUUGCAAUUAAUCUCACUUGGGCAGUUUGCAAAUUUUCAGCUUCAAUGAUGGUGUUGACAUGACUUUGUGCACACAUAUUUGCUAUGACUACUUGUCUAGUAACAGUAUUCUGACGAUAAUUGAUUACAGGGUCCAAAGUUUGUCAUGCGUAAUGUUCCUUAUAACAAACCUGUAGUAAAUUAUGGGCACACGUAAAAACAUUCUUCAAAUGUCGCAAAUGUUUAUUUGAAUUAACAGUAAUUUUAAACUUGCCGUUUUGAAAUGUGACAGGCUCGUGUUAAAUAAAACAUUGUUUUUCAGAUCUUAAAAUGAAUGUAAAAGUGCAGCCCUGCAACUGCUUAUUUGCACCACUGCUGGUGGCCUUUUUUGUGCUGGACAGACAUCUUGGAAAAAGUGGGAAUAUCCACACAACCCUAGCACCACGUCCAUCGCUAGGUGGAUCGAGGCAUGUGGGAUAUAAGAAAUGUGCCCAUUGUUUAUCACGCUGGGAGGUCUUGACCAGUGACCUGGCUUGCAAGUGCAUUCUAACCAUGACAGCAUCCAGAAAAAAAUAUACAAUGCAAAUUUUCCU